CGAGCCAAGGUGAAAUGUGUUCAUUCUGGUAGUCCUCCCUGUAGAAGGUGCAGCAAGAACAAAAUAACAGGUUGCACCUUGAUACGGCCACAAGUCCCAUCAUCCAGCCAGAGGCCCAGAAAUUCCCCAGUUGGCUCAGUGGUCAAGAGGUCUUCGCAGCGCAGAGCUCAGAUAUCACCAUCACAGCCUCGAUAUUCAUCUCAGGAACAGGAAGAAACCCAACCACAAUCACAGAAGAGAACUUCAAGCUCAGGCGAUGGCGUGGAGGAUGUCGGCCAACAUAUUCUCAGUCUUCCCAGAUCAGUGAUCCUCAAAUCGCUCCAUCUUUUCUCGAACAAGUUCCCCGAGCUGUCCAUUCUUCACACACCAACUAUUCUCGCCGACUUAGAGCCGGCCUCUUCUCGAUCAGAGGAACUCAAUGCGCUGAUCGGGGCGGUGCUCGUUGUCACGAGAGCACAGGCUUCCCUGGUGAGUGCACCUUGGGCCAGCCAACUUCUCGAAAGGGAGCAGUACGCCCUGUACUCCAGGUCUCUUCUCUCCGAUCUGAUCCUGUCCCCCCCUAAACUCCAGGUAGUACAAGCCUUGCUCAUCAUAACGCUUCAUGAGUGGGGAUCGAGAGACUUCCACAAGGCGUGGGUCUAUUGCGGCAUCGCCAUCCGCAUCAUGCAAGCUCUCCACAGCAUGCGUGUCGCCCCGUGCGCUCUUGACCCGUCCGGUGAGCGUGAGAGCCGCAAUCCCACCGCCGUUGCCAUCGAGACACGCACCUACUGGGGCUGCUUCAUCAUGGACUGCAUGGUCAACUCUGGAACCUACAACCCGCCCAUGCUACCCAUGCCGGAGAUGAUCAAGCUCAAAAUACCGAGACCCCUCAACGCGGUCGACUUCACAUUUGGCCCAGAUGCUGGAGACACGAGCUUAAGUGAGCGUCCGCCCUUUGUUCCCGGGUCAUCAACACCCACCGUUCAAUCAAUUUCUAGUGGGACUCUCGAUGUGGCUCAAAGUUUCGAAGUUCUCGUUGGUGGGUUCGACAUUUGGGCCAAGGUCAUGGAGUUUCUGUUUAAUGAUGGACGCAAAGCCCCGGGCAUGUGCGCGCCGCAGAACUGUCCCUGGGUUCCUGGCUCGCCUUGGUCCAUAACCUGGGGGCGUUUGUUGGCCUGGAGAGCCGGUCAGCAUCGUAAUUUACAUUAUCCCACCACCUCUGUUGCCAUGCAUAUGGCCUUGGGAUAUGGAGAGACGUUCACAUACGUCAACCUAUUGUACUACGUCAGCGUCUUGCUGCUUCAUCGGGAAUACGCUCCUUUCCUGCCCACUCCAGAAUCUACUCCUGUGGGACCUAUCGAUCCUCCGAAGCUGGAGGCCACGGCGCCCGAGAACUGGUGGGAAGACAGUGUGGCCCAAAUAGUUCAGUCUGCGGAAAAUAUCGCCAAGCUGCUCCACGAAGCGUCCGAGUGUGGCACACAGCUCAUGACACCCUUUGUCGGCUUUUGCGCCUUCUCCGCCGCCUUCAUCCUGAUCUAUGUCCACCACUUCCCGAAAAUGAAUCUAGGCCGCAGUCCCGACGCGGAGAAAUACGAGAAGAUUUGUCUUUCCUAUCUCGAGGAGUUCCGCGGUGUUUGGAAAAUAGCUGAUGGAUGGAUCAAAACUUUGCACCAUGUGUCUCUCCUCUAUGCGCGGGCGUCUACCACAAGCACAUAUCGCGGUAGGACGCGCGCAGACUUUGAGCACUUCCACCAGUCGGUCAACGAAUUCCGAGUUGUUGAUCGGUCGAAGCAACAGAAUCAGGAGAUGGACCAGGCAGCAACGGGGCCGGAACAGAUAGCCCCCGAGAGCGGCGGCAUCUGUACAGACGACCUAUCGCCGGAUACGAAUUUCUUGCUCAGCCAGCUACUUGCGGAGGUGAGCAGCAAUAUGGAAGAGCAAGGUCCGUGGUCUCAGUGGUGGCCUCUCGGCGAAGUCGAGCUACCAUCAGCACCAGCAGACUCUGGGUUUGAUCUUGGGGGUUACGGCGGUGACAAU